AUGGACCAGGGUAAUGGCUACGAAAAGGCGCUGAUCUCCUCCAAGGAGUGGGCCUGGGCCACCAAUCCUUCCAACUGGUAUGAUCAAGAGGUGCUUCGUCGUAUCGUUGCCUCCGACGGCGCGGAUGAUGCCCUAGCCCUCAUGGAUCUCCCCAAUCUACCCAAACGCUUGCAUGUCUCCCACGCGCCUGACACCCUGAUCUCAGCUCCAGGGACCUUGUCAGCACUGCCCCUCGAGAUCGUCUUCAAAAUCAUAGAUCACCUGAAUAUCAAGUCUGCAGAGCUCUUCAGUCAGACUUGUCGCAUGUCCCGAUACUUGCUCCAACAACACCCGUCCUACAAAGCCCUCGUGCAGUUCGCUAUGCCACUGCGAUAUUUGUACGAGAAGUGCGGGCUCGCGGAUUACAACAGCUUUUACGACCUUGGCAAAGAGUUGCAGUACCCAAAAUGUCGGUGCUGUGGUCACGAAGGCACGAAGCUCUAUUUGCCUUUCGGAGAACGUAUUUGCGGCAACUGCUCCGCUUACAACCCGGCUUUCUGGUGCAUAUCUAUCCGCGAUGCUAUGUCCAUCUUUUGCAUGAGUGACAGGCAGAUUCGAAAACUGCCCACCAUCAAAGCCAAAGAGCUCCUUUGGAAUCGCGGAAAUCUCCUAAGUCCUGUGCAGAUUGAUCGGGAUGGUCUCGUCUCCGCUAAAGCCGCUUUCCUCGCCGCAAUGGACAUUUGGGGCAACCGCGAGACCAUGUGUCGCUACGCCUCGGCCUAUGACAACGACUUUGAUUACAAUGAAACCUUUGAUCGUGAUAUGCUUGUUGCUGCCUAUUGGGUUCUCCGCAACAUCCAGAUCAAGACCCCCGACGACCCUACCCAACUCGACGGCCCCUCCAUCUUUUUGCCUCCACAGGUGUCCGACAUCACGAGCAUUCCCUUCCCCUGGAUCCCGAGGGGAAAUACCGAAGCCGAGCGCCGCUACAUGUGCCGAGGAUGUGAAUGGCUAAGUGACAAGAAUGGAGUAUCGCACACCCUGCUCGAGUAUUCGGGCAUCAACCCCAAAUUGCCCCAUGACAGGGUGAAACGUAUCCUCGCGGGUCGUCGUGAAAUGAUCUACACUUGGAAAGAUUUGAUGAUUCAUGUCCGAGGCUGUGCUGGAGCUGGAAUUCUGAUGCGUCGCUACUUUGUCGAGAGAGAUUAUGAGUGGGGUCCGCCCAAGAGGUCAUAA